CUUGCAGUGAAGGACCCCUGCCUGAGUGUUAAAAAAAAGUUUGGUCUCGAAAAAAAAAAACAAUUUCGUGAAAAAAAUAUGUGAUUUUUGUGGAAAAUAGUGGAAAUUCGCAGCACCAAGAGCGAGCUCCUGGAUGGAAGAUGACGUCGGAAAGGAUCGAAUGGGUCGAGAUCAUCGAGCCCCGCACAAAGGAGCACAUGUAUGCGAAUCUCACCACGGGAGAAUGCGUCUGGGAUCCGCCUGAGGGUGUCAAUAUAAAGCGAACAAGUGACUCUCAGUGGUGGGAGCUCUUUGAUACCAAUACCCAUCGCUUCUACUACUACAAUGUGGCAUCGCAGACCACGGUAUGGCAUCGACCGGUUGAUUGUGACAUCAUCCCGCUGGCAAAGUUGCAGACUCUGAAGCAGAACACAGAGAGGAAGGAUGAAUCCACGCAGACAUCCCACGGGAAGGUGAAUAGCAGUGCAAUUAUUUCAAAACUUUUCCGCAAUGAACCUCGCCCGGAGAUAAAGCCAACAUCCUCGAGGGAGCGUGGACCGCAGGAAUCUAAGAGUGUGGAACUACUCGCAAGUCCCCAAGGACGCCAUAGCUUCCGACCUAGUUCCACAGAUUCACCCGGUAGUCGUCACGAUGCCCACAAAUACUGUCGUCACACGGGUGGAUCGACAUCACCGCGCAACAACAGCCACAGGCAUGAUUCGGGCAAAUCGAGUGACUCAAGUCUCUCCAGCACGCACGGAUAUAGACGUUUGCAGGACGGUGGGAGUCUACGUCUUGGGCAGCAACAGCAACACAGUGGACGACGAAAGCAGCACAGCGCAGAAAAUUGCUACAGGAUGCUUCAGGAGAGCAAUAGCUCUCACAACAUUCCGCAUGUUGCAAUGGGCGGAAGUGAUGCGAAACCAUCGCCGCAGUAUCCGAAGCAAAAAUUGCCGUAUUCACUGUCGAAUUCUUCGGAUUUAGCUGGAAGUGCAUCUCCGGCACAUUCAACGAGUACUCCGCAGCUGAAGAAGAAACUCGCGGGAGACUUUGCCACACGUUCAUCCGCCGAUGGAACGAAACACCAAAGUUUCGACUUUGUUGGAAAAGAUCCUCCGAUUGUGUCAUUGACGCGCUCCGGGAGUUUCAUGUCGUCACCGCGCCAGCAGCAUCAAUCGCGAACAGUGACAACGCCGAGCAAUGAAGGAAAUGGAGGUGGUAGUGAUGAUUCUAUGCAUGAGAAAUAUUUUAAAUCUGUUGAAAACACACCAGUGACCCGGCGUCGUCACACGACAUCUGCCAAGGGGGCCGCCAUUGCGUCUGGAUCGUCCGGCGGAGGAAGCGGUGGUGGCAAUGAUGCACGAGCCAGCGGAAGUGGGGCAUCAUCGAGAGUCUUAGCGGCAACGGGUGCAGGCGGUUCGAGCGAUUCCAGUCCACAGAGUCCCACAAGUCCGCAGAAUCAUGCAACGAAACCAGCGAGACCAUCACUCUUGAGCAGUGUCUCCAUUGCCAUAGAUACCCCAAGCUCCUAUAUUUCUAGUCACAAAAAUGAUCCGGAACUUCUUAAUCUGGAUCUACCCACAAAACCCGAAAGAUAUUUGGACAAGAUGAAAGUUGAUAAGGGAAAAGUGUCGCCGGGAAGUGUGUCAAAUAGUUCAGGGCUGUCGAUACAGCAGAUAAAUAAUUUGAUGAAGCCACUGGCGAAUAAGUACAGUGGUGCUGUGACGUCUAGUCAAUGCCAAAAUGAGCUGAGGCAGCAGCAUACAUCGUCGUCAUUUAGCAAUACACCAAAGGAGCACAAGGAGGAAGCCGCACAGCCGGUUAUUCCUUAUCUCAGUAAGCCAAAUCUCGAGAGGCACAAUAAGGAGAUGCAGCAGCAGCAGCACAGCGCUGAAAGAGCCACGUCCACAGGAAGACGCACGCGACGCAGGCAACAGCACAUGAUGGGUACAAUGACCAGCGAUGCGGAGUAUGACAAUGGGAAUAUUUCACCGCUCUACAGUAAUUGGGAUCAGGAGAUGCAAGAACAUCUUCUACCCCUGCAGCACUACAUUAUUGAACAGGCAAAAUUAUCAGGAUGCUACCGCCUCGGUGAUCCAUUGGAUUCCGACUCAUUGCACUCAGACAGUCAAUCUGAACAUUCCCUGUCUGGUCAUGAGCCCGACAAUGAGGAUUCUGAUCACUCAGAUGGACGUGGCGACUACUUGGCGCAUCACUGUGUCACUGGAGAAGACUACGGGAUGUCAAGAGGUGGUGGAGGAGGAGGUGGUGCUGGACACACAUCCUACUACAAUAUCGGCUUGAAUUUUGGGAAAGAAGAAAAGGAAGACAUCUCUUCCGAGGUGGAGGCAAAACUGGAGAGUGCUCGGGAUGAACCGCAGAUCUACAGCCCAGUUAGGAAUCAUCCAAUCUUCCCAUUAGGUGGUGGUUCGGGAAUGGCACAUCAUCAUCAUCACGGCAAAAUGGGUGGGAUGCAGAAGCAACAAUCAAUGCCAACAUCAGGCUUCCAUCAUCAACAAUCAAUGGAUCGGCAUUUGCAAGUACACGGAAUGUCCAAGGGGCUUCCAUCAUCGGGACUUGGGGGUGUUCCCCAGUUGGCCAUAAUGAAGGAGUGUGACAUUGAGAAGUUUGCCCAAGACAACCUCAAUCUCCAUUCAAAGGGAAUCUUCAGGAAGAAGUCUUCCGUGAGGGAUAUGCUGAGUUGGACGGGAAAUGCCAUAAGUCGGCCAAUGUUGGCCGUUUCGCGUGACAAAGCUGGCAAGAAGAUGGCCACGGAACUCUUUAAGCUCGUGCAAAUUUACAUGGGAGACCGUAAAGCUAGACAGGGGAUGAGUCUCAAUUCUGUGGUCAUUGAUAUCAUUGCAUUGGCAGUACAGCAGCCACCGCUCCGUGAUGAGUUGUAUGUGCAAUUGUGUCGUCAAACAACGGAGAAUCCUUCGAGAGAAUCUCUAAUCCGUGGUUGGGAGCUUAUGGCCAUCUGCUUGUCUUUCCUGCCGCCAUCACCUACUUUUCAGCCAGCUCUUCUCAACUACAUGAAUCGCCAUCGAGAUCCUACUUUUGCCACGAGCUUCCCAGAGGUUGGAAAAUGGCCGAUUCACGUACAAAUUUCUCAUUAUGCCACAAUAGCGUGCCGAAGGUUAGAUAGAAUCGGGAGUUCGGGGAAGAAACAAGCUAAGAAACCAUCUGAGGAUGAAGUUAACCAAUCAAGAGAUCAAAUCUUCCGGGAUAGUAUGUUUGGGAAUACAUUGCACGAGGUGAUGGAGUUGCAGAAGGAUCGCUUUCCGGAUCGUCAAUUGCCAUGGGUGCAGGUUACGUUGUCGGAGCAAGUUUUGCUUAUGGGUGGGAAACAAACUGAAGGUAUUUUCCGUGUUCCUGCUGAUGUGGAUGAAGUUAUGUACUUGAAGAAUCGUCUCGAUCGAUGGGAAAUACCCGAAUACAAACCCUCCAUGGAUGCACAUUCACCGGCGAGUCUUUUGAAACUUUGGUAUCGUGAACUCUAUGAUCCCCUCAUUCCGGAUGAAUUGUAUGAGAAGUGCGUUCAAACUGAGGAUCCCGAAGAAGCAGCAAAUAUUGUUAACAAGUUGCCACGACUUAACAAAACGGUUUUGAUGUUUUUAAUUCACUUCCUACAACAAUUUGCUCAACCCGAUGUGGUGGCCAACACCAAAAUGGACUCAUCGAAUUUGGCAAUGGUAUUCGCACCAAAUUGCCUCAGAUGCACAUCGCAAGAUCCCAAAGUUAUACUUGAGAAUGCAAGAAAGGAAAUGGCCUUCCUACGCACCUUAAUCAUCAACAUGGAUACAUCCAGUGUGGCGUAUCUCAAAUAAAUGAAGAAUGAAGAGAAGAGAGAGAGAAUAAAAAAAGAAGCAUCGUCGAGCAUCGUUUGCCACUUCCAGAGUCACCUCCUGCCAUUCCCACCCGCGCGCGCCCAUCAUCAGCCACAGAAUUUCGCUAAAGUAUUGUAAUGCAAAGCGGUAAGAAAUUUUUCUCUUAAAAUCCGACUGCUUUAAUAUAAACUCUCCUCAUGUUCUUGCGAGAUAAUUAUAUUACCUUUCCGCCAAAAUAUUGUGCAGAGAAAUACGUGCUAAUUAAAAAAUCACAGCUAAAAAGAAAAUAAUUCUGAAAAAAAACAAAAUAUCCUUGCUCCAGAAACUUUGUCUUUUGAAAGUUAUUCAACACAAGUCAAAAAAAAAGAAAAUGUGAAUUUAAUGAAAAAAAAAGUAUUAAAAAUUUAUCAAUUCAAUAGAUGAAUAAAAAAAAAUGAUGAGAAGUUUGACGAGUUUUUAGAAUUUGACGAAAAAAAAACAUUUUAUCAAGAAAAAAUCCUAUCAUAAAUUAAUAUUGUAUGCUCGUGUUUCGUGGCUGCAUUUUUCCAAUAGAGAGAUCUCUUAAUUGCGAAUGGACUAAAGAACUUAAUUGACGAAUGCAAAACUUAAAAAAAAAACUAUUUAUUACAUUUAACAAGGAAAAAAAUCUAUAUUAGAGAUUGAUGAAAAAAUACAAUAAUUAACUAACAAAAUAAGACGCUAGAGUGUUCCACUUUUUUUUCUCAGUUUAAUAAAAACAACAACAAAAAUCAAAUGACAGCCACUCUUCUAACAAGCAGAAUUUAAAGAAAAAAAUUAUUGUGAAGAGAAGUGGAUUAGUAGAGAGAUAAUAAAAAGAAUAUUUUUGCAAUAACUUAAAAAAUGAUUAAAUGAAGCAUUAAAUUGCAUUGUAAUAUUUAUUGUAAUCGAUUUAUUGAAUUUUAACAGAGUAUUGUACCACAAAAGUUGCACUGGCAGUAAUUUUUUAAAAAUAUUAUUUUUAAAGGACAUUUUAAUUUAUUUCUUUAAAAAAAAUACCCAAUUUGAUUUUUUUAAUUGAAACACAAAAAUUGGGAUCAAAGAUAAAAAAAAUCCAACAAUGAGACUUUCAGUGCAACUGUUGUAGGUGGAAAAGCGCAAAAAAAUAAGAAAAAAAAUUCCAAUGAAAUAUUCCUAAUGAAAGAAUUUCCAAAAUUUUCAUUGAAUCUCAUUUUAUUCUUUUUUUUAUAUAUCAUUUUACAAGUCUUGUUAAUCUCCUUAUAUACUCAAUUGUAUCCUUAAUUUUAUCUCAUUUCUGCCAUUCAAAGACUUAAGUGUUGUUCAUUGUUUAAUGAAAAGAACAAAAUAUUCCCUGUUUGUUUUUUUUUUUUUAAAUAUAAUUUAAAGUUUUUUUUUACACAACCAGUCAAAAAAGAAAUAAAGGACUUAGGGUUUUUUUAUAAAUAUUUUUUCAAUGUACUUCAUUUUUUAAAUGUGAAACUACUGUAGAAGUUAAUAAAUGAUCGAUGAAAAAAAAAUGGAAACAACAUACAGAGAUGAAUAGUGUGUAGAAAAAGACUUAAAAAAGCAACAAUAUUUAGUAAGUUCAUGAAAAUAUUUAAAGAAAAAACAAAAGAGAGAAAUAAAUUACAAUGAAAAUUA